CAUCUAGGAUUUCUGUGAUCAACUAUCUAUAAAUGAUGCAUGUGAUUUCUAUUUGAGUUGGAUUUUUCGUUUUUGUUUCUGUUUUUUGAUUUAUUUUUGAAAAAAAUUCCAUCAUGAUUUAUACAUUAUUGACAAUAUUCAUCAUUAUUUUAGCUAUAAUCUAUCUUUAUGAAUGGUUUAAAUCAUUAUGUCAUCUGAAACAAUUGAAUGGACGACAUGUAUUUAUAACCGGUGGUACUAAAGGUAUUGGAUUGGAGAUUGCAAAAAUUUGUGUAAAAAAUGGUGCAAAUGUUACGAUUGUUGCUCGUGAUGAAGAAUGUUUACAACAAACUAAAAUCGAUCUGAUUUCGAUGGCAAACAAUUGUGAUCAACAGAAUAUUCUUACCUUUUCAGUGGAUAUCAGUAAUCGACAACCAUUUCAAUUGGAACGAGCUAUAUUUGAUGCUGAAUCCGAUUCAGGACCAAUAGAUUUACUUAUCUGUUGUGCUGGUACGGCCAUCGCACGUACAUUCAAUGAAUGUUCAUUGGAUGAAUUUCAUCGUAUGAUGAAUGUUAAUUAUUUUGGUACCGUGAAUACAAUUAAAACAUGUUUACAAUCGUUGAAAAAAAGCCAAAUGAAUCCAGCAAGAAUAAUGAUAUUCUCAUCGAUUGCCGGUUUAUUUGGCCUUUAUGGCUAUUCAGCAUAUUCAGCUGCCAAAUUUGCCUUAGUUGGAUUGGCUGAAUCAUUGGAUAUGGAAUUACGUCCGCAUAAUAUUCGUAUAACGGUAUCAUUUCCACCGGAUACCGAUACACCGGGUUUCGCUAAUGAACAACAUGGAAAACCAAAAAUAACCGAAUUAAUUUCUGAUGAAGGUGGCCUUUUUACACCCGAACAGGUUGCAAAAAAAUCUUUGAAUGAUUUUCUCAAUAAUCAAUUCAUAUCUACAGUCGGUCUGAAUGGUUUUGUUGUCACAACAUUAUGUUCGGGUAUGAUGCCAUGUUAUUCAUGGUCACAACGAUUAUUACAAAUCAGUACAAUGGGCCCAUUAAGAGCAAUUGGUCUUUAUUUCCUGUAUUCAUGUGAACAAAUUGUUCAAAAAAAUUUUGUUGAAAAAAUUCGUCAAACAGUAUCAUCACCAUCAUCAUCAUCAACGAAAUCGAAGAAAUCUGAAUGAAAAUUUGUUUUAAACUUAUAUUCUAUGAUGAUGAUGUUGCCCUCAUCCUAUUUUCUUUAUAUCACAAUCAAAUGAUAAUAAAAAAUGACAUUUGUCAAUGA